AUGGCGAAUGGCACGGCAAGCUCAAUCCAAGAUUCGAGACCCGUGUCCGCCAAAACUAGUGGAAGCUUCGACUUUGCAAACCGGCCGCCGUCAAAUUACCCGAUCACCGCGUUGCCCAACAGCGCAAUCGGCAACCUCUCACGAACAGAUCAGAUAGUUCUGCGUCAUUUCUGGGAGGUCAAAUACGAGGAGAACAAGAGCCGCGAUCUUCAUUUUCUCAAAUUUCCAUUCUUUCCGCAAUACCCGAGCCACCAAGACCUGGUGCCAUAUUGUGAGAUCUACCAUCUGGUCAAGACUUCGCCUGGUGCGAAAAUCAUCAGUCUCGGCAGCGCCCACGGCGUCUACAUUGGAUUUGAGCUCUUCUCAGGUUCCCAACUCCAUAUCGACAUGGACGACAGCUGGCAGAACAUCUCGCACCACCGGAUCUCGUUCAAAAAGUACGACAAGAUGCUCAAGGACCCUGCAUCAGACACGGCAUUUAAAGCGUGGCCCAAACCCCUGACCAUCGAGUUCCUGGAAGAGCAGUAUCAGCGCUGGAUGCUGGACCUGACAAGCCUGUGUUGGGAGACCGCCGAGGUUAGAGAGCUCGGCGGGAGCGCGGCAGGCGGGGACACCGGAGAAGGGAGCGUGGACGGCGAUUUAAAGGACGACAUGUUGUAA